AUGGCGCAAGUUUACAACGGCCAGCUGGAUGCCUUCGAUCUCUACCACAAGAUUCAAGAAUCCCCGGAAAAAGCCCCCUACAUUCUCGGUGGUCCAGCUUUACCGGCUCUAGGUCAUGCCAUUGCUGGCUCAACCGGGGCAGCGAUAUCGAACGUCUGUACGUAUCCACUCGCCCUCAUCAUCACUCGGCUCCAAAUCCAACGACAACUACGCAAGAACGCCAAUUCGCCCCACUCGGAGGAGUAUAAAUCUAUUCGAGACGCUGCAAAGAAAAUAUAUACCAGGGAGGGUGGUAUUAAUGGCUUCUACAUCGGCGUCGUCUCAGACACCUCGAAGACAAUUGCCGACUCCUUCCUGUUCUUCUUGGCCUACAACUUUCUCCGUCAGACUCGAAUACAAUCCUCCAGAACAUCUAGCAAGCAUCUCCCGGUCAUAGACGAACUGGGCGUGGGCUUCCUGGCCGGAGCCCUUUCCAAAUUUCUUACGACACCUGUUGCGAACAUUGUUACCCGGAAGCAGACGUCUUCAAUGCUUUCAGGUCGAGAUUCGGGCAGAGACACAGACCAGGGCUCGUUACGCUCAAUCGCUUCGCAGAUUCGGGCAGAGAAGGGCGUGCAAGGCUUUUGGUCAGGCUAUUCAGCAUCUCUGGUCCUCACCUUGAACCCAUCUCUCACUUUCUUCUUCUUCGAAGCUUUCAAACGCACUCUUCUUCCGCGCAGUCAACGCCAGAGUCCCUCACCGCAGGCAAUUUUCUUACUGGCUGCAAUCAGCAAAGCCAUGGCAUCAACGAUAACCUACCCUUUCUCACUGGCUAAAUCACGUCUACAAUCCUCCUCUGGCCUCGAUAAACGCGAAAGCUUGUCCACCGUCAAGCUGGAAGGCACUGAGGCACCUAAAAAAGCGCCUAGCAAUGUCUUCACUGUGAUUCUUCGAAUCGCCCAGACCGAAGGCCUCGGCGCGCUAUAUGAGGGUCUUGGGGGCGAAGUAAUGAAAGGCUUUUUCAGUCACGGAAUCACGAUGAUCGUGAAGGAAGCAGUCCACAAGCUUGUCAUCCAGCUUUACUACAGCAUCCUCACGAUGCUCAAGAAGUAUCCCAGUCCACAGGAACUAGCAGUAUCCGUGAAAGGGCAAGCCGUGCAGGUCGCAGAAAACGUUGAAGACCUGGCAGGAUCGGCGAAGGAGCAAGCCGGCCGUACGGCAGAAAAUAUUAGGGAAUCAGCUGAGUCCACAAAAGAGCAAGCAGGGCGAAUGGCAGAGAGCAUUGGACAGCACGUCAAGCAGACAGCCGUCAGUGUUGAGACACAAGCGGGCCAUGUGGCAGAUAGUAGUGGGAAUUGGACAUAUGAAAGGGCGGCCAGCGCGAAGACACAAGCGGGGCAGAUGACGGAUAACCUUGGAGCUUGGACACAAGAGGCAGCGGCCAAUGUGGCCGAGAACUUGGGUGAGCGGAAACAGCAGGCCGCGAACAUGGCAACAGAUGGUAUACAAGUGGUCAAAGAAAAGAGCCGAGACCUGGCGACGGAGGCCAAUGCCAGGCUGAAGAAGACGGAGGACACCUGA